AUGAAUGAAACAUCAAUUGAAUUUUUCGACCUCACCUGGAGGCAGAUUCGUCUACCAGAGAUGAGUGGAGUUGGGUCAGAAGAGUUUGUAAAGAAGAAGAAAGUUGAGAAGAUCUGUGCCGUCGCUUUCUCGGAUCAUACUGUGCUAGAAAUGCUCGAGAAGUAUUAUGGUUGCGAUGUCACCUGCAGUAGUUUCGGUACAGAGUUUCGCGAUGAUAAGGACAUGGUGUUCCUAUUUGAAGACUUCGAAAACGAAGUGUUCAAGAAUUUCAUUAGUGUGUCGCCUGCUUCGCCUGUACUAGGUACGGCGAAUUUGCCUUAUCCUCGUCCGAAGCGUCCCAUUUACAACGAAAUGCUUCGCAAUGUCAGUGUGGUCAUUGGAAGUGGAGAAGAAAACUCUAGACGAAUUUGGGCAAAGUUAAUACGUUAUAUGUCCGGUCAUGUUAAAAGAGAGCCGGACGCAACUACCAGCUUGCUCAUAACAACUCAAGCGAAGGCCAAACACCGAAUCGGCGUCUUCGAGAAUCUCCGAGUUUUCGUACAUGGCUUCAGUCAAGCGGAGGAGGAGGAUAUCAAGAAGCAUAUUGCCGACAAUCGGGGUUUUAUUGUCGAUACUUCCUCCAAAGCUACGCACUGUGUUGUGAAUUCACUACGAGAUUUAGACAACUUGGGAUUCUCUGCUGGUCAACGAUUUGUUACAAACGAGUGGGUGUGGACAAGUAUAAAUAUCCAGUACUGCGCCAAUGAGGAUACGUAUUCCGUUGAACGUAUCAAAGCCAGUCCAUCAGAUUCUGGUCAAAUUCAUGAGACACGCUCUUUCUCAAUAACCGACCGAGUAUGCUCAGAAGGCAAUAUCGCAAAAACCGUGAAGUUAUCAAGAUCUCAUCAGGUCUGCAUUGAGAUCUACGAAACAGAUGUGUCUUAUGUGAAUGCGCUCAAGCUUUUGCUGGAA